AUGGAGUUUCUUAGGGAGUCAUUCUCGUCGACCAAAGCAGAUCCUGCAGAAUUUCAAGCGGAGCUGACUCUCAGUGAUAAGCUUAAAACCUUCAAAUCCUCAACCUUCGAUCCUGAAACUUACGUUUGCAGCAAAUGUCGUACCGUCAGCGAAAAGGAAACCAAGCACUUGUGGCAUUACCUUAUGGAUUUGAAGAAGGCUUCUGCCGAGGAAAUGCGCAAGAGUGUUUACGCUAAUUAUUCCGCUUUUAUCCGAACAUCAAAAGAGAUUUCUGAUUUGGAAGGGCAGCUGAUUUCGUUGAGGAAUCUGUUAAAUAACCGGGCAGCAAUAAUCCAAGGAUUAGGGGAAGGGACGAAUCUUGAUUCCUUGGCAGGGGGAGAAGGGCUAUCCAAAGAGGAACUCUCAAUCUUUGAAGCCAGGGAGCCUGCCAAGAUAGACAAGUGGAGAGUGGAGUUUAUGGAGUCUCUCGAAGUGUUGUUGGCGGAGAGGCGUAUCGACGAAGCCUUGAAAGCGUUAGAGGAAGGCGAGAACGUGGCGAAGGAGGCGAGGAAGAAGCAAACGUUAGCCCCGGAAGCCCUGCAGGCCUUGCAGACUGCCAUAACUGAGCAGAGGCAGAAACUGGCUGAUCAGCUAGCAGAGGCUGCUUGCCAGGCUUCGGUUAGCGGGUUUGAGCUUCGUUCUGCUGUAAUGGCGCUUAAGCGCCUCGGGGACGGCCCCCGGGCUCACAGCUUACUCCUCAAAUCCCACCAGCAAAAGCUGAGGAGCAACACGCAGGCGCUUCGCCCCUCGGGGGCUUCACAUGGAGUGGCAUACACUGCUGCACUUUCCCACCUUGUUUUCUCAGCAAUCGCCCAGGGGGCGAGUGAUUCCCUCGCCAUAUUCGACGACGAGCCUGCUUAUUCCUCCGAGCUAGUCACGUGGUCCGUGAAUCAGACCGAGACGUUCGCCCAGCUCAUCAGGAGACAUGUCCUGGCUUCCCCUUCAGCCUCGGGAGGGCUAAGAGCUGUUGCGGAGUGUGUCCAAAUCUGCUUGGGCCAUUGCGCCCUGCUCGAGGCUCGGGGGCUAGCCCUUUCCCCGGUCCUGCUCAAAUACUUCCGGCCUUGCGUCGAGCAAGCCCUCACUGCCAAUCUCAAGAGAAUCGAGCAGAACACUGCAGCACUCGCGGCUGCAGAUGACUGGCUCCUUGUUCAUUCCCCAAUGGGGACUCGCUCCCUGGGAACAUCGUCCCUUGCUGGCAUGAUUUCACAACCUAAGCUCUCAAUGAGCGCCCACAGAUUCAAUACAAUGGUUCAGGAACUCUGCGAGGACAUUAGUCCUCUCGAGAGCUUGCAGUUAUCCGAUCAGGCAAUGGAGGGAGUCCUGCAUAAUUUCAAUGCCUAUAUCCAUAUGUUAGUGAAUGCAAUGCCUGGCACAGUGGAACAUGAGAACCUCGAGGGAUCCGGGCAAAGAAUUGUGAGGUUGGCAGAAACCGAAACCCAACAGACAGCUCUGCUGGCCAAUGCAUUGCUAUUAGCUGACGAGCUGGUCCCCCGGGCAGCCAUGAAGCUCUCGCCUUCGCUGCAGGACCCGGCCAAAAGAGCCUCGGAUCGACGGCUCCCAGAGCAGAGGGAACUGAAGAAGAGACUCCAACGAGUCGUUGAUCAGUUGCGUGACACCUUCUGCAGACAUCAUGCCCUCGAACUUAUUUUUGCAGAAGACGGGGGGGUUCGAUUGAAUGCUGAUAUGUACUUGAGUAUGGACGGGAGCGGGGAAGAGCCAGAAUGGUUCCCGUCCCUAAUAUAUCAGGAGCUAUUCGAAAAGCUGUCAAGGAUUUCCUACAUUGCAUCAGAUAUGUUUAUGGGAAGAGAAAGAUUUGCAACUAUGCUUCUGGUGAGACUCACUGAUACUGUCAUCCUUUGGCUUUCUGAAGAUCAUGCCUUCUGGGAAGAAAUUGAGGAAGGUCCAAGGCCCUUAGGCCCUUUUGGACUUCAACAGUUCUAUCUGGACAUGGAGUUUGUGAUUCUAUUUGCAUCCCAAGGUCGGUACUUGUCCCGAAACCUGCACCAAGUUAUCAAGAACAUCAUAGCAAGAGCCAUUGAAGCAGUUGCUGCAAGCAAGAUUGAUCCUUACAGCGGGCUCCCGGAUGAUGAAUGGUUUGCAGAUGUUGCUCAAAUCGCAAUAAAGAUGCUCACCGGAAAAGCCAACUUUGGGAAUAUGGAAAGGGAGGUGGGCGCCGCCGGUAGCCCCACCGCAUCAGCCAGAUCUGCAUCGUCUCCGGUUUCUCCUAGUCAGUAACAGUUGGUGGUGGUGGAUGCAUAUAAAUAUAUAUAUACUCAUUCUAGGAUACAUAUAUAUAGGUUUUAU